AUUUUUUACACUGAUAAAUCGAGCGUCGGUGACUCGGUCCGAAUUAACAACGAGUCAAACUUGUAGUUUUAAAGAGGGACAGAGAGGGAGAUUUGUUAUAUAAGGCAUGGAAGCCAAUUCUAAAAAUGCGCCUUCAAUUUGAGAGAGAGGGAAAAUGGCAGAUUCUAGCGAUUCGAUUUCCAUCGAUACGGAAACGAUCUCUCUUGGCGGCAAGGAGUACCUGGUGAAAACUCACCAUGGUACAGUUUCUGUAGCUGUGUUUGGAGACCAAGAUAAGCCGGCUAUUGUUACCUAUCCUGAUUUAGCUUUAAAUCAUAUCUCCUGCUUUCAAGGCUUGUUUUUUUGUCCAGAAGCUAGUUCCUUGCUCCUCCACAACUUUUGCAUAUAUCAUAUAAGUCCUCCUGGACAUGAGUUGGGAGCUUCCCCAAUCGGUUCUGAUGACCGUGUGCCUUCCGUUGAUGACCUAGCAGAUCAGAUUCUCGAGGUUCUCAACUUUUUUGGGCUUGGUGCUGUAAUGUGUAUGGGGGUUACAGCUGGAGCUUAUAUUCUUACGCUAUUUUCUAUGAAAUACAGGCAACGUGUCCUUGGGUUAAUACUUGUUUCACCCCUCUGCAGAGCACCCUCAUGGACAGAAUGGUUGUUAAAUAAGGUGAUGUCAAAUUUACUUUAUUUCUAUGGCAUGUGUGGAGUGGUGAAGGAAUUAUUGCUUAAGCGGUACUUCAGUAAGGAAGUUCGUGGUAGUGCUCAAGUGCCAGAAUCAGAUAUAGUUCAGACAUGCAGAAGAUCGCUAGAUGAAAGGCAGAGUAUAAAUGUUUGGCAAUUCCUUGAAGCAAUGAACAGGAGACCUGACCUUAGCGAAGGAUUAAGAAAACUGCAUUGCCGAUCCCUAAUAUUUGUUGGGGAGAACUCUCCUUUCCAUUCUGAGGCUCUUCACAUGACAUCAAAAUUAGAUAGAAGAUAUAGUGCCCUGGUGGAGGUUCAGGCAAGUGGGUCAAUGGUGACAGAGGAGCAGCCCCAUGCCAUGUUGAUACCAAUAGAGUACUUUCUUAUGGGAUACGGCUUAUACAGGCCGACUCUAAGUGUUAGCCCAAGAAGCCCUUUGAGUCUAUCUUGCAUCUCUCCGGAGCUUCUUUCACCGGAAAGCAUGGGCUUGAAGUUGAAACCGAUUAAAACCCGGAUUUCUUUGGAAGUCUGAGAGAAGAUGAAAGAGAAAGGGCAAGAUCACCUCUAUGUAAUCUAUAUAUGUAUAUAUAAAAAGGUAUUUGUAACAUCUUUUGACUGGUUGGCGACCAUAAGAGAGCACUAUGGUUGUAGAUAGACAGAAAAAGAAGAUAUUGUCAAUUCUUUUAUUUGUAACCAUAAAUUUUAUCAUCGGAAUAAUUAUUUACCAAGAGAAACGCCAAUAAUGACAAAUAGCUACGGGUGGGUGGUGAAUUUUAAGCUUUCCAUCUUCUAUUUCUUGUGUAUGCCCUUGUAAAAUUGAUUAUUGAUUGUUAUUUUUCUUUGAUACUGACGAAGAAAAUGACUGCCGACCUUUUUAGCACUAAAAGCGUAUGUGACGUGGUCAUUAUUCUUCCUUUUCAAAAUUAGUUUAUCAGAGCAUGUUGCGUCACUAUUUUUACACC